AGCGAACGCUGUCGGAUCGAGCCGGAGGAGGAUGUGAAAACGGGAAAACAUCGGCUCUCUGCGGGGUUUUGUUCAGUCCGGCGGGAAGAUAAAGAGAAGAGGUCCACGCAGAGAUGUUUCCGGCCGCCUGCGUGUCGUUUCUGUUGGUGGUUUCGUCGGUGGGAGCCGCGAAGGAUGCAGCCGACGAUGACUGGGUUCAUCUGCCCAACAAAUGUGAAGUCUGUAAGUUCGUCAGCAUCGAGAUGAAGUCGGCGUUCGACGAGACGGGGAAAACCAAAGAGGUGAUCGACAGGAACUACCGCUUCAUCGACAGCAAGGGGGCGCCGCCCAUCAAAUACGUCAAGUCGGACCUGAGGUUCAUCGAGGUGGUGGAGAACGUGUGUCAGCGGCUGCUGGAGUACAACCUGCACAAAGAGAGGACGGGCAGCAGCCGCUUCGCCAAGGGCAUGUCGGAGACCUUCUCCACCCUCCACGGCCUGGUGAACAAAGGCGUGAACGUGGUGAUGGACAUCCCCUACGAGCUCUGGAACGAGACGUCGGCAGAAGUCGCAGACCUCAAAAAGCAGUGCGACGUUCUGGUGGAGCAGUACGAGGACGUGAUUGAGGACUGGUACAAGGGCAGCCAGGAGGAGGACCUGACCACCUACCUGUGUGAGAAGCACGUUCUCAAAGGACAGGACACAGCCUGCCUGCAGGAGGAGUGGACCGCCAGGAAGAAGGGAGACCAGGCCGCCAUCGCAGAGGACAAGAAGAAGAAGAAGAAGAAGAAGGGCGGCAGCAAGAAGGGGAAAGGCAAAGGGGAGGACGGGGGAGACGGAGGGGACGACGGCGGCGACAAGCAGACCAAGAAGAAGAAGGAGAAGAAGGUGAAGAAGAAGAAAAAGAGCAAAGGGGGGGCGUCGUCGGACGAGGAGGUCCAGCCGCAGGUGCCUCUGUCCGGGCCGAAGACGGAGCUGUGAGGCGGUCUGGAGCUCCGGAGUCCAGCUUAGUAAGAACUUGUGGAGGCGUCUCCAGCCGUGGACGGGCUGGUUCUGUGAGGAAUCAGAGACGACCUCAAGAUCCAUUCAUUCAAACUUCAGACGUGUGUUUGCUCUCGUUUGUGUCGUUGUCUUCAGAAGGUCCAGGCUUUUAACGUCCACCUUAAACCUGUCAGAAGCCUUUAAGUAUGAUCCGGUUUAUCAGAACCGCGGGUCGGUGUUAGCGCCUCGGCCAGUUUGUCUCCAGAUUCGACCCAGAAACAUGAAGCGAGCUGUGAUCUCAUUCCUGCUUCAUCAGACGGGAGCGUUCUCAGGUUGCUGUAAACAGAAUGUUCAGACCUUCUGAUCGGCAUCUUAGAAUAAAUACGGUGUUAUUAAUCUGUAGAAGGUGUUGGAUCACCGCUGGUAGAGCUUCAGAAGAACAGACGAGAAGAAGCUGAAUGUAAACUCUGAUGUGAAGCUGGUUUCAUGCUCUAUUUGUUUUUGUGUUUAUUUCCAAAAGCCUGGGAGCUGCAGAGAGUUUCGUCCCGGCUGAAAACCGAGGAAGAAGGUUCAGUCUGGGGACAGCUAACGUAAAGGCUCGGAGACUCUCUGGACUGUUUCUAACGAUCGAGGCUGAAACAUGCAGCUGUACGUUUUCUUGGCUCUCCUCCGCUGCUGUCCUGGACUGUACGAUACCCAAACAGCUCCCAGAAGUUCAGGAGGAACAGAUCUUAUUAUUUAUUCCUGUGGCCACCCUGAAUCUUUACCUUCAGACGUCUAAACGAAGCAGGCUGUGGUUUCCUGUUUGCCCGUUUUAUGCAGAAACACGACAUCUUAGUUUCAGAGAAAUUCCCCUAAAACAUUUCUUGUUUCUGUGAAUGUGAACGGUUUGUGUUCCUGUUACUGUUUGAUGUCGUGACUCUUUCCAUCACCUGUUUUCUGUCUGAGCUGCUAUUCGAGGCCCGUGUGACGCUGAACGAUGACGUCUGUGUGUCUGGUUUUUUGCAUUUUCUCAAGCGUGUGUGUGUUUUUACGAGGUUUUUAUCCCCAGGUGGAGCCGUGUUGUGUCGGAGUCGCUUUUUAAAACCACGUGGAUCAAUAAACAGGUUGGAAAACUCUA